GUACGUAAGGCGAGGGUGUUUGGUAUGCUCUGGGACAGGGCAGCUUGUUCGCAGUAAUUCAAGGUUUUGACCGUGUAACAAUAUUGUUGUGCUAUCGUCGUCUGUUACAAAAGAAAUAAUUCGCCUUCACAACAGCCGCGAAAUCUCGUUGGAUUUAAGUUAGCCGCGCAUAGAAUGGCCGCAGUUUUCGAUAUCGAAUUGCACGAUGCGGACACGGUAAAUAGGGACGAGUCUGACGAUGAUGUUAUCGAGAUUGGCGAGGAAGAGUACGAUGCGAAUCCAAAUGUGAAUGAAAUAACCGAAUCGGAAGGUGUUGAAACAGUACCUAUAUCGGAACAGAAUGUCAAUCGUGGGCGAGAAAGAGCUGGACCACAGGAUUUCGAGCUUUGUAAAGUUAUUGGAAAGGGUGGUUAUGGCAAGGUCUUUCAAGUGCGUAAAAUAACGGGUAACGACAGUGGCACGAUCUUUGCGAUGAAGGUAUGUAAAAGUUUUAUUUAUUUAGUUUCUUUCUAUCUUAAAUACUUUAUAAAUUUCCCAUAA